AUGACGGAACUGGGGCGAAUGUUCCUAAGAUGUUCUAAGCGUCGCGUGGAUGCUCUUACCUUCUGCAGUGGGUGCGUGUGGAGGAACGUACGUCCUGUGGUGCUGGAGAUGAGGUCAAGUUUAAGCUGCCAAGGUCCCUCCACCUUCUGCGAAAUGAUCUUCACGCCCCAGUUAGGGUCAUCACUCUCCUUUAGCUGCAAGAUCUUCAGGACGGCCCGCUGCAGCAGGGAGUUCCUCCACCUCACUGACGGCAUCUCAACUUCCAUCACGUCGUGUGAUCGCCUGCCUCCCAGGCCCAUGACAGCUCUCUCUCAGUUGUACUUGUUAUACGAGAGGCGGAGGAAGAAAGCUAAGAAGUCCAGGAUUGUUUGUCUCAUCAACGCCCAAG